AUGUUCCAAAAGUUUCCCCUCCGACGAUUCUUCUCCACAAGACCAUCCACUAUGCGUGCGUGGGUUUCUGAAAAUGGUACUGGAGUUGAAAUGAGAGAAGUUCCGAUUCCAAUAAUCAAUAAACCAGGACAAGUGAUUUUGAAAGUUAAAGCCGCUUCUGUGAAUCCAAUAGACGUCGAAAUGUCUCAAGGAUACGGUAGAGAGUUUCUAGGAACAUGGAAAAAGAUCGAAUCAUGUGAUUUUGCUGCAAGUAGAUUCCCUUUGAUUCCUGGAAGAGAUUGCACCGCUAUUGUCGACGCAGUUGGAGGCGAUGUACAUAAUUUGGCUCCUGGUGAUGAGGUAAUGGCAGUUGUUCCCGUAAUUCAACCCGGAACUCACGCAGAGUUUGUUGUUACCGAAUCAAAUCUUUGCUCCAAGAAACCAGCCAAUUUGAGCUUCGAACAAGCUGCUGCACUUCCUUACGUCGCUUCCACAGCGUUUUCGGCAUUUUCAGUAGCGCGAGUCAAUCAGAGAAAUGCUAAAACUCAACGAGUACUAAUUCAUGGAGGUGCUGGAGGUGUUGGAAGUAUGGCAAUUCAAUUAUUGAAAGCGUGGGGAUGCGAGAAAAUUGUGGCAACCUGUGGAAAAGACAGUUUUGAGUUGGUCAAAAAGCUUGGUGCAAUUCCUGUCGACUACUCAUCGGAGGAGGCAACUCAACAACUUGUAGAACAUGCUCCAUUUGAAGUUAUUUUCGAUACAGUUGAUUCACCUUUAGCCAGAUGGAGUGACAACGUAAUGGGAGUAUGGCGAAAUUGUGUACACGUCUCGAUUGUGUCCCCGUUGAUGCGUGAAAUGGAUAACCAUGGAGUUCCACUGGGCCUGGCCUCGACAGCCAUGAAGCACUUUGAAAGAUCCUUUCAGAGUCACCUUAAAGGUCGCUGGUUCUCCUAUGCGUUUUUCACGCCAAGCUCAGAUCUGAUGGCUCAACUUUCUCGUUUUGCUGAAGACGGAAAGAUUGUACCAAUCGUCCAACAAGUCAUGAGAUUUGAAGAUCUUGAAAAUGCGUAUGAAAAAGUGUCUCGAUUGAGCGGUCGUGGAAAAACAAUAAUUAAAUUUGACUAG